AUGGGCAGCGUAAACAAAGAGCCGGAAUCUGCGCCGCCGCAAGAGCAAACCAAGAUCUCCUUUAAACUGCCCGAUGGCAAAUAUGAAUUGUGGAUUGACGCAACUGCGUCAGGCAAGUCGGUCGCGUAUGAAGUCGGCCAAGCAAAUUUUCCAAUGCCCUUGGCUCGCUGGACGACAGCCGACACAAAAGUCAGAGUAUCGCCGGCGAUGGUCAAUGACAAUGUGAGCGAGUAUGACAGCCUACUGCAGUUUGACAUUGUCAACAAUGACGCAUCGCUAGUCUCAUUUGGAGGCAAAGCCGGACAGGAGGACCCGGCACUUCUAUGGGCUGCCGUGUACGCUCUAUGGCUUCACCCUCAGCUCAGAGAGAAGGACCUUGUUGCCAUUGCCGUCAACAGUCAGCUGCUCGGGGAGUAUUUGCGAUGUACUGGCUUGGGAGUCAUCUCUCCCUUCUCCCAGAACGGCUCCACGACGACCGUGGUUCCGAAAGACGCCAUCUUCUGGGUUCACCGUGAGGCCUUCUGGCAAGGCGCCGGAGCACCAGACUCCCAGAACUGGAUUCGCAGCCGCCCCGAGGUCACGCAGUUCCCCGGCUUCAAUGGCACGAAUGGCAGCUUUCCCAGCCAAAUUGGCUUCACACGCAAGGGCAAUGUCUGCACCGUUCACCCUGUGCGGCCGCCCAAGCCUGCUCCUGGGACCCUGAUUUACUCUCGCUACAUUGUUGACCUCGGUGAGCACCUGCGCAUUUACCACAUCGAUGCCAGUAACCCUGUGCACUUUGAAGCCUACGCGAGGUGGCAGAACUCGGAUCGCGUGAACGCCGGAUGGAGGGAGCGUGGUCCCGACGACCACCAUCGCAGAUACCUCGCGUCGCAGCUCGAAGAUCCGCAUACCAUGUCGUGCGUCUUUGAGUGGGAUGGCCAGCUUGCCGGCUACACGGAGAUUGGCUUCGUCAUGGAGGACAAUGUGACUUGCUUUAUCGGUUCCAACUGCAACAUUGUGGUCGGUGAACACGACCAGAACGUUCAUUUCCUGGUCGGAGAGGAGAGAUUCCGCGGUGGGAAGCGUUAUCAAGCCGCCAAUUGUUCAAUCAUGCACUUCGCGUUCUUGCGGGACCCGCGUACAAAGCAGAUUAUUCGCGAGCCCCAGCACGACCAGCCAAACGUCAAGAUCCUAGAGAGGUUCGCCCCGUUGGAGAAGAAAAAGCGGUUCCAUCUGCCACACAAAACGUCCAUGCUGGUUGCCUUGCAGCGGGACCGCUUCUUCCAAGCAGGUCACUUUCUAUAG